AUGGCGGCGGACAAGGAGAAGGAGAUGGCCUGCGCGGGCGCAUUGUACCAGCUGCAUUUGGUGAAGGCGUCGACGGCGCGCGCCUUCGUGCCGCGGGACCUCCGCCUCGUGGAGGCCUUCGGCUACACGCUCGGCGGCAUGUUCCUGGCGCGCUACCACGACAGCCCCGCCGGCGAGUUCGACGAGCUCGUGGUGAUCGCCGGCAUUGUGUGGAACCCGCCGACCUCCUGCGCGUGGGCUGCCAGGGUGCUGGUGAACAGCAUCGAAGCCUGCCGGCACGGCCGCAAGGAGGUAGGACUACCAAGCCAUGUCGCUACAUUCUCAAAGACUGAAGCUGCUUCACUCGGGGAUAAACCGUUGGUCAAACCAAACAGCUUCCUUAACAUGCUAGGGAUUGUGUCGACAACCUCCAAGCAAGGGAAUGGCCGUGAGAUUGAGAUUUCAGAGACCAAGGGCUCAUCUACUAGGCACUUGUGCAACAUCAGCCUGCCACUUACUGGAUCACAUAAGAACCACAAGUGGAUGGGCCCAGCAAUCAGAAUGUCACUUCCAAGUUUCAGUGGGCGGACAGAGGACCAUCCUGAUCUUCUCAAGUACUCCUGUCAAGUAGAAUGCAGGGUGCGCCCUGUAAAGCCUGCUAGGAUUUGGAGUCCAAGAACCACAGAGCCACAGGAAAAAUCUGACGGAAAGAUCAACAGCUCUGGGUCCAACGUGAUAGAUGACUUGGAUGCGCAAAGCCAGAGCAUUUCAGUCCUGUUAUCCAGGCCCAUUUUCGCCCUUGAGUUCAGCUCCCUGAGGAUGCACGUUGACGCUCCCAAGAUCGUUGUUCCACACUGCAAGAAGAAGAAAGUCGGAUACUCGAGCACUUAG